AUGGGUGGACAAUAUCAACAACAGCAACCAAAUUUCGCCAAUGCUAUGCCAAUGGGUGGACAAUAUCAACAAUCAAAAGUUGUUCAACAACAGCAAGUUAUUCACAAGCAAAUUAUUUAUGCUGGAAAUAAUCAAUCUCAACAACCACAAAUCCCUAAUGGUGGUCAAUAUCAACAAACAAUUCAGAGUCAAGAAAAGACCGUAAUAACUAGUGUUAACCCCUCAGCUUAUCCACCACCUUAUAAUAAUAGCAUUCAGUCACCACAACAACAAUAUAAUCAAAUGGGUAAUGGUGGUCAAAUGACUGGAAAUUUUAUUAAUGGGAACCAAGGCAUGAUGAUGUCUCAACCUAAUCAAAUGGGUUAUCCUAAUCAACCAGAAAAAGUAAAUUUGGGUCAUACGAAUGCUAUAAACGUUCAUUUCGUGGAAAAAAUCCCUAUAGUGGAUAAAAUUACAAAAAAAUCUCAAAAAGGUAUUAACUCAGUUAUGUCUCUUCUUAGCAAAGGUAGUAAAAUGAAGCUUGGACCUACGAACACUGGUAAUGGAAACAAUGUUAUGCCAAUGGGAAUGGGAAACCGUGGUAUGGGUAUGGGAAAUAAUAAUAUGGGUAUGGGAAAUAAUACCAUGGACAUGGGAAACAAUACCAUGGGUAUGGGAAACAAUGCCACAUGGAUGGGAAAUAACGGUAUGGGUAUGGGAAAUAACGGCACGGUAAUGGGAAAUAAUGGCAUGGGUAUGGGAAAUACCGGUAUGGGUAUGGGAAAUACCAGUAUGGGUAUGGGAAAUACCAGUAUGGGUAUGGGAAAUAACGGCACAGUAAUGGGAAAUAAUGGCAUGGGUAUGGGAAAUAACGGUAUGGGUAUGGGAAAUAACUGUAUGGGAAUGGCAAAUAAUGGUAUGGGAAUGGCAAAUAAUGGUAUGGGAAUGGGAAACAACAAUAUGGGGAUGGGAAACAACAAUAUGGGGAUGGGAAAUAACGGCAUGGCAAUUGGAAACAACAAUAUGGGAAUGGGAAAUAACGGUAUGGGACUGGGAAUGGGAAACAAUACUAUGGGAAUGGGAAAUAACGGUAUUGGAAUGGGAAACAAUAACAUGGGCAUAGGAAACAACAAUAUGGGAAUGGGAAACAAUAAUAUGGGAAUGGAAAACAAUAGUAUAGGGAUGGAAAAUAAUAACAUUAAGAGGAGAAACAAUGGCAUUGAAGCAGUAUCCCAUUUGAUUGGAGCGGAAAGCAAUGGUACUGGUAAAGCUAUUUCAAAUGAAAGUGGAAAUUUGAGUUCUUCCCUGAAUUCUAAAUUACAUCAUGAGAAUUCUCAGCAAAGUCAUCAAGGAAAUUCUUACCAAAAUCAUAAUAAAGAUUCUCAUGAAAGUUCUCAUUAUAAUCAGGACCAAGUUAAUGUAAAUUCACAUGAUCAGAUAAACUCUCAAAAUGAUCAUUAUCAAGGUAAUUACUGUGCCAACCAAAAUCAAGACAGUUAUCAACACAAUCAAGAUGGCAGCUAUCAAGGCGGUGAUUAUCAACACGACCAAAAUGGUGGCUAUCAGAACGGUAAUCAUCAAGGAGAUUUUCCAAAUAACUAUCAACAAGACGGAGGUUAUCAGAAUGGAUAUGAUCAUCAUAACCCCAAUGAUUCGAGUGGUGCGUAUAAUAUGAGCUCUUUAAACCACGCUUUGGAUAGUUGUGGUUUUGAUAAUCAUGGUGGUGGAGACUUUGGUGGUGGAGAUUUGGGUGUAUAUAAUAUGUGA